AUGCCUCCUAAGAGAACAGCAACAUAAGAGUAGUUAUCAAAUACCCCAAAGUCAUUUCACAACAUGAAUUUUCAACCAUACAUUCCACCAAAUGCUACAGUCAAAGAAAAAAUUAUUCAUGAAUUCCUGACACAGCAUGAGGUCUUUACUGUAGAUGUGAAGUAAAUGUUAGAAGACUUGAGCAAAGAUUAUACACCAUCUACGAGAUUACAAUUAGCUUUAAAGGAGAGGACAACUAAGAGAGGUAACUUACUCCAUAGAAGACAGAACUCCGCAAAUAAUGUAGGUAAUAAUACUAUGAGAGAAAAAUAAUCAGCCUCUCAAUUAUGCCAGAAGGUAGAUACUAAGAUGGACUCGGCCAGACAAUAUGAUGAGUCUAUGAUGAGUUUUGAGAGUGCCUUUGACACAAGAGUUAAUGAGUAAUAAAGUCUCUCGGCCUAGAAUUAAGAAUCUGGAUUUAAUAUACAAGGUUUUUGA